UUGGCCGCUAACUAUAUACAUAUAUAUGUGUGUGUGUGUAUAUAUGUAUUUUCAGGUCAGGUAUUCCUCAUCUUCCUCUUGUCAAUACCCUUACACAUUCUCUAUUAGUUUCAUUUCAAGUGACUGUUCUGGAAAAUCAAACACAGCAAUAACAUGGUCAAUUAUUUAAGAUAAGAUAACCUUUAUUAGUUUAUUUGACCCACAUGUGGGAUAUUUGAAAUGUGUUGUUUGAUAGUAGUUUUAGCCCUGUGAGAAAGUCCUAAGCCCUGCUGGAAAAGGAAAUCCGAAUCUGAGCUUGUCAGCAGAUGACACAAACGUCUCUAAAAUCUCCUGGUAGAAGGCUGCAUUGACUUUGGAUUUGAUAAAAUGCAGUGGACACAUUUGUGUUUCAGUGUUAUAACUUUUCUUUUUUUUUCCUUCCCUAAAAUUCAACAGACACCUGCAUAUUCUGCUGCUGAACUGAACAAAAUAAAAGCAUGGCAGGAUCAGCAUAUAGGUCUGCAUCCGAACUCAGGAUUGUGAUAUUUGGAAAAAACCAACAUGAAAAGGCAACUUUAAGUAACUUGAUCACUGGUAAAAGAGAUUCUCAUCCUCUAAAAAUAUUCAAGAAAUCCAUUGCUCAAGGACAAUGGGGAAAAAUGCCCACAACAGUGGUGAAAACCUCAGACAUCUUCAGUCUUCCUGUGGAAAAAGUCAGACAUGAGAUGAAGAUGUGUGUGGCACGUUGUCACCCUGGGCCAAAUGUCCUGCUGCUGUUAGUGAAACCUUCAGAUUUCACAAAGGAAGACAGACAAACGCUGAAGUUCAUCUUGAGUUUGUUUGGUCCAGAUGCGCUUAAAUAUUCAAUGGUCAUCAUAACACAAAAGGAUGAAGAAAAGAAUGUGGCAGUCGAUCAAUUUAUCCAGGACUGCGGACAAAGACAACAUAAAUUCAACUUUGACAAAAAAAACAUUGACUUUGAUUUUGAAAUACUGAUGGAAAAGAUCAGUCAAAUUGUGACUGCCAACAGAGGAGGACAUCUAAAUUUUUCUGAAAGCGCAGAGCACCUUGAAAUACCUGAAAUGCCAAAAUCAAAAAAUUUAGCACUAUUUGGGAAAUGGGAAGAUGGGAUUGAAGAAUCUGAGAAACCAAAGCCUCCUGUGAAGUUAGUAAUUUGUGAGAGACCUAAAAUUCCAAAUCUGAAACCUAUGAAUUUGGUACUGUGUGGGAGGUUUAGAGUUGGGAAGGCAUCAACUGCCAGUGCCAUUUUGGGAGACAAAAAAAUAGAAUCUAAUUCAUCAGCGUGUGAUAAAAAUGAGGCAAAGGUGUGUGGUCGACUGGUUUCAGUAGUGGAACUGCCUGCUCUCCAUGGAAAAUCUCAGGAGGAAGCAGUUAGUGAAGCAAUCAAGACAGUUUCUCUCUGUGAUCCUGAGGGUGUCCACGCUUUCAUCCUAGUUCAACCCUUGGAUCACCUUACUGAUGAAGACAAGAGUGAGGUGGAGACCUUCAAACAAAUAAUGAGCUCUAAAGUCAAGGACUUUACAAUGGUUCUUUUUACUGUGGAGACCGAUCCUACACACCCAGGUAUUGUUCACUUUUUAAAAAUGAACACAGAGAUCAAAGAGCUCUGCGAGAGUUUCAGUGGCCGAUAUGUUAUCCUCAACAUCAAGGACAGACAGCAGAUCCCUCAGUUAUUGGAUGCUGUGGAAGAGAUGAAAACACCAUUUAAAGGCUUCAAAAAAGAAAUUAUUGAAAACCCUUUCAUGCACAAAAGCGCAGGAGAUAAAUCCAAAAUGGGAGAGUCAAGAUUUGAAAAAAAGAGCCAGGACUGUCUCAGGAUUGUGAUGAUUGGGAAAACUGGAAGUGGAAAGAGUGCCACUGGAAACACUAUUUUGGGAAAAGAACACUUCCAUUCGAAACCCAGUGCGGAAUCAGUGACCGUGGAUUGCAAAAAAGUAACAGGAGAGAUUGAUGGGCGCUCUGUUGCUGUGGUGGACACACCUGGUUUAUAUGACACGAAGCUGUCCAAUGAUAAAAUUAAACAGGAACUCAGGAAAGGUCUCACAAUGAUGGCUCCUGGACCUCAUGCGUUCUUACUUGUCUUGCAGAUUGGUCGCUUUACGGAGGAGGAAAGAAAAACUGUGGAGCUCAUCAAAGGUGCUUUUGGCAAGAAUUCAAAUGACUUCAUCAUUAUCUUAUUCACCAGAGGAGAUGACCUAAAAAAUCAAACAGUUGAGAGUUAUAUAGAAGAAGACAGCAAAGGAUUCCUUAAAAAACUGACAGCUGAUUGUGGAGGACGAUACCAUGUGUUCAAUAACAAUGAUCCAAGUAACCGCUCUCAAGUCAGUCAGCUGCUCACCAAGAUUGAGUCAAUGGUGAAGAAAAAUGGUGGCGGCUACUACACCUCAGAAAUGUUCAAAGAGGCAGAUGCAGCAAUUCAGAAGGAAAUGCAGAAGAUUAUGAAGAAGAAAGAAGAAGAGAUAGAAAGACAGAAGAAGGACCUUGAGAAAGAACAUGAAAAGAAAUUCCAAGAGGCGCAGCUUAAAAUUGAACAAGAAAGAGCUGCAAGAGAAAAAGCAUUGCAAGAGAAGGAAGAACUCAUUAAGAAAGAGGAAGAGGAGAAGAAAAGGAUGGAGGAAAAGAGAGCAGAAGAGGAAAAAGAGAGGAAACAGAGGGAAGAAAUUCAGCAACACCCGUGGAAACAAAAGGGGAAUAAAAUUCAAUCUGAAUCAAAAGAAAAGACAAUUACGGGCCAAGAUUUGAUACAAAAUUCAGAGAACAUCAGAAAAGAAAGUGAAGUUUGGGGAAAAGAACCAAAAGAGUGGCAGAAGAAACGACUUCAAGAUGGCCAACACAGAUUGAAGGAGCAAACACGACUGAAAAGGCUCAGAGAAGAAUAUGAACAGGAAAAGAAAGAAUAUCAAAUCCGAAAAGAACAGGAGGAAAAAGAAUGGCAAGAAUUACAUGAAAACUUUCAAAAGCAAGUGGAGGAAAUGAUGAAGAAAAAUCAAGAGGAAGCCAGAAAACAAGCAGAGUUUAAUGAAUUCAAACAGAGAUUAACAGCUGACUUUGCAGUUGUGGUAGCUACAAAAGAAAGAGAAAUUGAAAAUAUGAAGCUAAAACAACAAAAAACCAAUGGCUUCAUGAUUCAACAGCUGUGCCGAAAAAAGGAAAAUAAGAAGGACUUGGAUCAAAUGAAUAAGCGACAAGAAAAAGAAAUAAAUGAGCUUAAACAUUCUUGUCAAGCCGUAAAACAAAUUGAUGAACUGCAGAAACAACAUGAGGACGAAAUAGAUAAGUGGAUCCAGGAACAUGUGGAGAAAGCCGGAGAACAACAAUUUUGUAAAGUUUUAUAAAACAUUUUCUGACAGCAGAUUUUAAAUGGGAGCAAAUGUGUUUUAGUUUGAUAUUUCCCUAUAAAUUGUGAAUAUAAUAUUUUCUUUUUUUUCUAAUUUUGAGAAAGAUUAAAAUGGUUAAUUCUCUAUGUAUUCAACUACCAUUAAAGUUAUAACUUUCUCUCCAUUAAUUUGGACAAGAAUUUUAAAAAUGACAUCCUGGAGGUAAUAACAAGAUGGUUGCCAAGUGACAAGACUUACCUCCAAUAAGCCUUGGCAGUUGAUAAAGACAACUGAGUUAUUUUAUGAGUUAAUACUUUCUGAGGCAGCUGUCCACAAAGAUAACCUGUUUCUUAUGUGGCCCCUUGGGAAAAUUAAUUGCCGACACCUUCAGGAAUGUCAUACUGUUAUUGCUUCAAAAUAAGAAGUAAUACACUUCCAUUAUAAUAGUUGUAGAUUUUAUAAUGUCAGGCAUAGGAGGAAUCUUGCAAAGAUGCCCAAAUUAUUUGAAAUCAGUUUUGCUGAGACUGAUAGUGACAGUGUCCAAACAAUUAUUAGCUUAGUGCAGCUAAGGCCAGCUGCAUCAAAGAUACCAAACCACACCAGACCAUAUGGUCAUUCAUCAGAAACUUUAUUAUUUGCAUCUUGUAAUAAUACAAAAAUUAUUUUCUAAGGAAAGAAUGUACAUAUUUCUUGCUAUUCUAGCUCGAAUCCUUGAUGUAUAGUGUGCCAGUGUAUAGCAGAACUGUCUUAACAAUUUUCCAGUUGCUACUGCAUCAUAAUACAUUUGAAGCAUACCUUAGAAGCAAGUGCUGAACUUCAGACAGUAUAGCUAAAUGAGCAUUCUAUUGUUUUAAUCAUGUUACAUGUAAAGAGGCAAGGAGAUCUUUGCAAAAUCCUAUUUCUUUUUUUCUCCAUUUUCAUUAUAUACACUUAGCAGAAGUUUAAUAAUAAACCAAGUGCACUUUUAUUCUUAGGUGAAGUUCAAAUUACAAACCCGUAACCUGAAAUUCAUUGGUAUAUUACAAUAUACCGAUGUCAUUACAUCUCUGUGUAAAGUGUGAAAAUGUUUGGGUUUUUUUUACCUAGUAUUUACGAUUAUCAGCAGGUUUUUCAUAAUAAGUUCAAAGGUAUGUCUCAUCUGCACUCCUGCAUUUGAAUCGCACGGUAUGGGGUUUGAUUAGAAACAACUGCAAGACAGUCAUUGUGAAAAAAAAAUGUAAAUGAUAGAUUCCCUGUAAACAGAAUAAAAAAUGGCACCAUACUAAUUCAACUGUGGUUGUGUUUUUCGUUUUUCGUAAUAAAUUUUCAUCUCUAAAAAUUGGGAAGGAGAAGAAAAAACCCAAAAGCUUAAUUCUCUUAGAUCUCUACUCUACUGGACAAGAAAAAGAAAGAUGGAUAGAGAUGUAUCAAAAAUGGAGAAAUAAAAAAGUAUAUGCAAAAGUUUAACCUUAGUUUUCUUCAACUAAAAGAAACAAACAACUCCUGCAGCUAGAAAACACUAGGAUAUAAAUAAUUACAUUGUACAUAUUAUUAAGGAAAUUUCUGUUGACUUUAAUAAAUUAAUAUAUACAUACUAAAAUACAUGAAUAAAUGAAAAGGAGUGAAAACCUCAGACAUUACCAGUAGAUAAAGUUAAAAACCACAUGAAGAAAUUUGUGGUUUAUUGUCUUCGCUGGACCAAAGGUUUGGCUGUAGUGAUGUGAAACCUAAUUUCAGGGCAAUACGGUUGUGUCUAUUUUGGUGUAGAUCAUUUUAAAUACUGCACUGCUGGCAAAGACAAGGAAUCAACUAAACCAAUCAUCAAAACCAGCACACCCAAUCUUUGUCUACAUUAGACUAAAACAUGCCCUAUCAUGAUACUAUAUGUGGCUCUGAAUCUGAACUUUGCAGCUGAAACUCUCAUUCAUGUCUUCAUUAACUCCUGCCUGGACUGCUGCAAUGCAAAGCCCUGGACAUGUUCUAUGUUCAGGACACAGCUGUCAGAAUUGUUACCCACAGCAAGUCCUAACAACCUACAAAAUGUAACUACAAAGUCUCCUGGUCUUCUGUAUCUCCUACAAAAUCCUUCUCCUCUUCUACAAAUCCUGACACACCCCUGCUCCCCAGUACUUACUGGAUCUCCCCUACACUGCAUCUUAGACUCUAAGAUUUUAACUAAGUCACCCAUUCUCCAUCCCAUACAUAAGACAGGUCUUUUGGGGCAAAGCCUUUAGUGCUGCCCACUCCCUGAAACAUGCUCCCGUGACCUGUUCAUUGAGAAAUUUGGCCUUUGACUAUUUUCUUUUUCUUUUUUGUUUAUAAAGAUAAAUUUACAUUGUGCUUAAUAUGCAAAAAGCUAAGAGAUAAGGAAGGGAGCUAAUACAUAGUGCGUUUCAAGAAAUCCAAACUGCUGUUGUUAGUAGUCGUAUCAGUAUUAGUAUUACAUUAUUUAGAUCUAUUUUGAAAUUUAGCUGGUGAAGCAAUCUAUGAAAAUAUAACAAAGAACUCCAACCAUCCAUUAUCCUUGUCAGGGUCAUGGGGUGAGGGCUGGAGCCUAUCCCAGCUGUCUUAGGGGGAAAGGCAGGUUACACCCUGGACAGGCUAACACUGCGGUCCCCAACCUUUUUUGCACCACGGACCGGUUUAUGUUCAACAAUAUUUUUAUGGACCGGUCUUUAAGGUGUCGCGGAUAAAUACAACAAAAUAAAACGAGUACCGGUACCAAAAAUAAAUAAAUAAAAUGUAUUCAUGACACACAGGAAAAGACACA